AUGAUAUUAUAUAUCGAUUCCGAACUCAGACAUAUCGAAGUAUAUACUAGUGUAUUUUGUAAUAAAGAUGGAAAAUUCCGGGACAGGAAUGAAGUUAUGGGUGUUGAUUUUACUGAUCUUUACGGUGUGAAAGUGUUCACAAAUAUUGGACUAUGGCCGUAUAGUGAUGAAGGAAUACGAAUCUGGAAUGGUACUCUUCGUUUGGACGCUACAAAUACCAACGAGGAUCAUGCAUAUAAAAUUCGUUGUAGUUGUCACAAAGAACAUUUGGAACAUUUUCGUUGUACACAUGGCAAGGGUCGAGUCCGAAAAGGGGAAUUCAAACAUCUGAGUAUAAAAGUACCAGAACCGGCUAUUAACACAGCUAUUUUGACCGUCUGGAUUGAUGAUAUGGAUGCGGCGUUGAAUUUAUACAUGUUGGAAGGAGCAAAAGAACUUUACUUUGGACCCGAUGAUAGUGAAUCGUUAACGGAAUCUGUCACUGAGAAGAAUCCAGCUUCGAUGAAACCGAAAUGGACGACAAGAAGCGGUGAAGAAGGAGCCUUCGAAGGAGUAUCCGACUUAAUCAAGCCUGCGUUUAAGAAUAUCCCCAAAGGGCUCAGUAAUUACCUUACAGGUCCCUCUUCUAAAGGAUCAACAUGGCAACGGUUAAAUGAAUUAGUUUAUCCAGUUGUAUUGGAAUUAUUGCAAGAUCUUGGAGAUUUUGCCAAAAAAGAAGUGGAGAAAAAAGAAGGCACAUUGCGUAGCGAACUGUACAAAUCAAAUCUCUUGACUGGAUCAAAGAACACUGACGUAGGAAAAGACCUAGCCGAGGUCGUCCUUAUCCGAUUAUCCGAGAAAUUACGAUCCGAGUAUGGGAGGUCAAACACGAAGUUCUAG